AUGCCGGACUCCGACAACGAGUCCGGCGGGCCGAGCAACGCGGACUUCUCGUCGCCGCGGGAGCAGGACCGGUUCCUGCCGAUCGCUAACGUGAGCCGGAUCAUGAAGAAGGCGCUCCCGGCCAACGCCAAGAUCUCCAAGGACGCCAAGGAGACGGUGCAGGAGUGCGUGUCCGAGUUCAUCUCCUUCAUCACCGGCGAGGCCUCCGACAAGUGCCAGCGCGAGAAGCGCAAGACCAUCAACGGCGACGACCUGCUCUGGGCCAUGACCACGCUCGGCUUCGAGGACUACAUCGAGCCGCUCAAGCUCUACCUCCACAAGUUCCGCGAGCUCGAGGGCGAGAAGGCCGCCACGGGCUUCUCCGGCGGCUCGCAGCCGCAGCCGCACAGGGAGACGACGCCGUCGUCACCACACAAUGGCGCGGGCGGGCCCGUCGGCGGCUACGGCAUGUACGGCGCCGGCGCCAGCGGAGGCGGGAGCGGCAUGAUCAUGAUGAUGGGACAGCCCAUGUACGGCGGCUUCCCGUCGGCCGCGUCGUCAGGGUACCCGCAGCCCCCGCACCACCAGAUGGCCUUGGGCGGGAAAGGUGGCGCGUAUGGCCACGGCGGAGGCUCGUCGUCGUCGCCGUCAGGGCUCGGCAGGCAGGACAGGUUGUGA